AUGUACCGCAACCACCUUGCCUUUCGUCGCGCCGCGCAGCCGUUCCGCAUAAAUUUUGACGACGUGGCCUGCGGCGCGUCUUUCCAUCAGUGCACCUACAUCCUGUGUGCCAAGGAGCCCGCCCUGCUGGCCGCCAAUGCGGCUGCGCGCGAGGCGUUUGGCAAGGCGGAGCCGGGCAGCCCCUACAUGCCGCACCUAUCCCUGCUGUACUCAGAUGUGGACGACGAGGGCCGGCAGCAGUCAGCGGCCGCGGCGGUGGCGCGGCUGUGGGGCGAGGGCUCCGGCUACGACACGCUGCUGCCGGACGGCGGCUUCCCAGCGGGCAGCUUCUCGGUGUGGCUCACGCCCGUGGAGGACCGGAGCCUGCAGAGCUGGCAGCGGGUGGCAGAGUUCCAGCUCGCAGGGUAA